CUGUAUUCCAAAAAAAGGGGGGUGUUCUGAGUAUAAACAGGCCAAACAAAGUGACCUACAGAAGAUAAAAUACUGACAGAGGCAGAAGAUGUGAGGCUGUCCAUGGUGCUGAAGAGGUACAACACUUAGCCUGAGACUGACUCUCAUCCUCCUAUAGACGGGUAAUAACAGCCCUAUAAAGUGGGGUUUCACCAAGAGGACCGGACCGUGAUAUUCAGCUCCGGGGGAUUCAGGUUAGGAGAUGAGGCGACGGCAGACGCCUGAUGGGAUGCUGUGGGAAUGUUUGAGGCGGGCUCUUCAGGGACACUCAGGUGUUGGGGCAACGUCCACGACCAGCUAGUCCUUAUCACUACAGUAUAAUAACACAUCAGCACUAAGCGGGGCUGAGCCAUUUUGGACACACGGGUCGACGUCUCCCACAGUCUCUCUCCUACACUCGCUCCCCCCACUCUCUCUCUCUCUCUCUCUCUCGGCUGCAGCCGUGUGUAGAAGAAGCCCACACGGAAGUUGUUGGAUGGCAGCUCUCUUCCAGAAGUUCACAAUGAAGACCAGCACAUUCCUGCUCCUGCUCGCGGCUCUCACCUGCGGGCUCGCGUGGGGAGAAGAAAAUGAAGCCGAGGAGCUGCAGGUGGAGACCCUGGUGAGACCAGACACUUGCUCUGUACUUUCCAGUAUGGGGGACACACUGAAAAUCCACUACACGGGUAAACUGAUGGAUGGGAAAGUGAUUGACUCGUCACUAUCCAUGGACCCUCUUGUUGUCGAACUGGGAAAAAGAACAGUCAUUGCUGGUCUGGAGCAAAGUUUGGUUGGCGUGUGUGAAGGGCAAAAAAUCAAGGCCACUAUUCCAUCUCACCUGGCAUAUGGGAAAAAAGGUUACCCUCCUACGAUUCCAGGUGAUGCUGCUCUUGAGUUUGAAGUGGAGGUCGUUUCUCUGACACAGCAGACGCCAUGGCAGAAGAUGGUGAACGAUGUGUUUCCCCUUGUGUGUUUGUUCCUGGUGCCUGCUUUGCUUGGCAUGGUGGGACUUUACCUCUACAAAAAGGCCAAUGCAGAGAAACCAGGCAAAAAGAAGGCCAAAGAUAAGAAGAUCAAGAAAAAAUAAGGACAAAGAACAGAACUAUUUAAUAAAUUUUUUUAAUUGUAUGUUGUUGUGUUCUUCAUGUUUCUUUAGUAUUGUGAUAUUUUUAACUUCUAAUAUGUGUAUUUACACUUAAGGUUAUUUUAUUAGGUAUGAUAAGGUGUUUUUCAUGAUGUGAUCCUCAUCCAAGGGAAGACCACUAGAAACCGAAGUGCAUAAAUAAGUUUUACAGAUUACUGCUAAUAGAUUAUUCAUUGAUAUUACAUCUGUUAACCAGCAUCUCCAGCACUUUUUAUCUUUUUGUAUCUCAAUAGCAUGUGUUCCAAAUCUUCAUGAUGACAUAUAGGCCAUGAGAUGAUCUACUGUGGCUUGAUUGGAGUUCGACAGAGUCUUUUACACCUGAUGCCACUGGUGCUGAAACUGGACCUACACCAAAUCCAUGAUGUAUCCUAUAGAGCCAAAGUGGGAAAUUAGAUAUCAUAAACGUGUCUUGUAUAAAAAAGGAAAGAAAUACAAAGACAAAUGUACAAAAAGUAUUAGAACUGGCUUAAUGAAACCUCUCUCAAUUUUGCCCUACCUUCAUGCAACUGAAGGGUUGUGGUUUGUAACCAACUAUAGUGUAAUAUAUUACACUAUAUAUAUAUAUAUAGUGUAAGAGCCCAAAAAGCAAUGUUGCAUAAGAAACAGGAAAAUUCCAAAGUCAUCCUAUAAUGCAUAGAUCUCAUAGAUUACAGCCAUUUAGCUGUAAAUGAAAAAAAAAGCUUUUCGUCCUUUCCUAUUACUCCAAGAUAAAAAUGUACAUAUCAGUGUGUGUAUAAAAAUGCAAAGCUCCUCAGCUAUUUUCCUAACAAUGUUUAAAAAUGAAUAAAAAGUGUCCCAUGAAA